CAGCCCGGGUUUAGUUCUCUCUGGGAGUGAGCUUAAGGUGGUAGUAUGAGUCCGAAGUACAGUUACUGUGUGAUCGGCGCAGGAACAGCUGGGAUUGCAGCUGCUCGACGCAUCGUGGAAGCCGGUGGCGAGGUGACGAUUUUCGAACAAACCGAUCGACUGGGUGGAACCUGGAAUUACACGGACGCGGUCGGCAAGGACAAAUAUGGGCUGCCUAUCCACACUAGCAUGUACCAAGGGUUGCGGACAAACCUACCGAAGGAGGUUAUGGGUUUUCCGGAUUUUCCGAUUCCUCGGCAAAAAGCGUCGUACAUUCCGGCAGAAGAUAUUCUGAACUUUGUUGAGUUGUACGCAAGUACAUUUGAGUUGAUCGGGCUGGUCAAACUGGAACACCAUGUUAUUUUUGUGGAACCAGUUGAUGGCGGUCCCAAGAAAUGGAAGGUAGCCGUUAAAAAUCUGCCACAACAUAAGGUGGAAAUACAUUUCUUCGACUAUGUCCUGGUCUGCAAUGGUCACUAUCAUACCCCAAUGGUUCCGUCCAUCCCAAAUUCAGAGCGCUUCAAAGGAAAGCAACUUCACAGCCACGACUAUAGAUCUGCGGAACACUUCAAAGACGAAAGUGUUCUGGUGAUAGGAGCUGGUCCCUCCGGAAUGGAUAUAGCCUUAGAAAUUUCCAAACAUGCCAACCAAGUAACUCUGAGUCAUCACAGUCCGGAACCGUUUAAAACAGUAUUCCCUGCAAAUCUUACCGAGAAACCGGAUGUCAAAGAACUUACUCAUAGUGGUGUAGUUUUCGUAGACGAUACUCGUAACGACUACUCCAUUAUCCUGUACUGCACCGGGUACCGUUACAGUUUCCCAUUCCUCAGUCCGGCCUGUGGUAUAACCGUUGAAGAUAACUACGUUCAACCGCUGUACAAACACUGUAUUAACAUCGCAGAACCAACGAUGGCUUUCAUAGGGAUCCCCUUCUACGUCUGUGCGGCACAGAUGUUCGACCUCCAGAUCCGAUUCUGUCUGCAGUUCUACACCGGAAGAAUCGGAUUACCGAAGAAGGAAGAAAUGCGGGCCGAUGAACGCGAACAGAUGGAACACCGAUGGUGGUUGGGUUACAAGAAGCGGCAAGCUCACAUGAUGGGACCUGCGCAGGGCGAUUACUACGAAGAUCUGGCUAAGACAGCGGGGUUGGUACCGAUAAAACCUGUGAUGGCCGCGUUGCAUACCGAGAGCAGCCGGCGCUUCAAUGAUGAUUUGUUGAACUUUAGAAACGAUGUUUUCAGGAUAGUCGACGAUUAUUCUUUUGAGGAGGUUUGAAUUUGUGCAAUCGUUAUCGUUGUAUAUUA